CUUUACGGCAACACCGAGGUAGGCGGGGCUAGGAAGGGACGUGAAGGAGCGCCAUCACGGACCGCUGCACGCUGCAGACAGUGCGAUUGUAAUCAUGACUAGAAAGAGGCACGUGGAUGCGAAGAGGGUACGGCCGAUGCGGAAACGCACGAGAAUUGAUUUAGAGAAGAAAAUGAAAAUGAUAACCAAAUUCGAAGAUGGACAAAAGUUGACGGCGGUAGCGCGAGAAUUCGGUCUGGCAGUAUCAACAGUGUGUACGAUUGUAAAGGAUGCCGCCCGUAUUAAAGAACACGUGAAAGGAUCUGCUCCUUUAAGAUCAACAGUAAUAACCAGACAACGUUCUGGUGCUAUUUAUGAAAUGGAAAAAAUAUUAAUAAGCUGGAUAGAAGACCAAAACCAAAAAAACCUUCCAUUAAGUCCCGUGAUUAUUCAGACAAAAGCCAGAAGUCUUUAUGAAGAGAUAAAGGGAACAUUUUCCGAUGGUUCUCAUUCAUUUUUGGCAAGCAGUGGUUGGUUUCAUCGUUUUAAGAAUCGUGCUGGUCUUCAUAACAUGAAAGCGUCUUGUGAUGCUGCUAGUGGUGAUACAGCCGAAGCUGAAACGUUUUCCGACGUGUUAAAAGAAAUAAUCCGAGAAGGAGGUUAUUUGCAGCAACAAAUUUUCAAAUGUUGAUGAAACUGGAUUGUUUUGGAAAAAAAUGCCAUCUCGCACUUAUAUUUCUGCAGAAGAAAGAAUAAUCCCAGGAUUCAAAGAUGGAAAAGACAAACUGACUGUUUUGCUGGGAUGUAAUGCUUCGGGUUGCUGUAAGCUUAAACCACUGAUUGUCUAUCAUUCGGAAAAUCCACGCACAUUGAAGGGCAUAAGUAAGGCAACUCUUCCCGUUUAUUAUCGUUCAAAUCCAAAGACAUGGGUUACUGUUGACAUUUUUGAGGACUGGUUUGUUAACUGUUUCAUCCCUGAAGUUGAGAAAUAUUGUAGAGAAAAUGGCAUUCCAUUCAAGAUUUUGCUUAUUCUUGAUAAUGCACCUGGUCACCCUGCUCAUUUGGAUGAUUUUCAUCCAAAUGUUAAAGUGUUGUUCCUUCCACCGAGCACCACUUCACUCGUCCAGCCGAUGGAGCAGGGUCUGACUGAAAACUUCAAGGCAUAUUAUCUGCGCACAACUUUUGCGCAGGCAGUGGCUGCUAUUGACAGAAAUCCCAAUCUGUCAGUCAGAGAAUUUUGGCAAUCCUACAGUCUUUACCAUGGCAUUCUGAACAUUGCAAAGGCCUGGCAAGAGCUUUCCCCAAACUGCUGUGUUGCCGUUUGGAAAAGAAUGUGCCCACAGUUUAUGCGUGGCUUCAAAGGUUUUGAAAAGGAUGAGACGUAUGAGGGAGUGGCAGACAAAAUUGUAAAGCUUGCUGAGGAAUUGGAUUUAGAAGUUGAUAAAAAUGAUGUUGAAGAACUGAUUGAAUCACAUGGAGAGGAAUUAACAGACGAAGACCUCCUUGAACUGGAAGCAGCAAAAGAUGCAGCCGACGUUCAAGCUGUGGCGUUGGAAGAACCAGAAGAGAAGCCGAAAUGUUUCAUAGCUGAAGAAAUGUCAAUUGCAUUUCGCGAGAUUGCAUCAGGAAUGGCCCGAUUAGAAAAAAUGGAUCCCAAUGCCUCGCGAUUCUUGAAAGUCCAGAGGGGGGUGGAUGAGUCAUUAGCCUGUUAUCGAGAGAUUUAUGAGGAGAAGAAAAGGGCAAUUACCCUAAACAGCAGGAUAAGCAUACAAAAUGUAUGGACAAAGUCGGAAGAUUUUGAAUUGACUGUGUCUGAAAAGUAAAACUGAUCACUCCGAAGAAUCUGCGUUAGUAACACCGCUAAAGAAGACUCAUUUAGAAAAUAAUAAAUGAAUUAAUAUGGGGAUAUCUGAUUUUGAAAUACGCGAGUGAAAAGGUACAUUCUCAGCUGUGAUGUGAACCUUUUUAGCAGAUGGGAGUUUCGGUUAGAAUCCCACAUAAUGUCACAGAUUCUAUAUGGCAAGCAGCAGCAACAAUUAUGUGGAGUUAGAAUUUAUGGCUUUGUAAAUCUGCACCAAAACUUUGAAGAUGACUUAAAUCAGUGUAGUCUAGCUAAUUUUGUUUUAUUCGUGAUUUCUUCAUCAGCCUUAUGAACCUGUUGUAUAUGGAUGAUCACGUAUAUUUGUCAGAUAACAACACAUUCAUAUUGGAAAUGGUAUCAGAGGCUCGA